AUUACUGUGGCAGCUCUUUUUCCAAUCAUUGAGUAGAAGAUUCAGAAUCUUCAGCACACUGUUUUCUCACCAACCAAACGGAGUGUCUCAUUUUCGAGCUCUCUCAAUGCGUCGUGUAGCAGUGGCCGGCAAUUUUUCUGUUUGGACAUCACGUCAUCACAGUUUUGACGCAAUCAACCAAAUUUCUAGCCAAUAAAUAUCCACAACAAGCCUCAGGUGAAUCCAGAAGUAGAAAUAACUAAUGGCGUCAGUGAUUCCUCGUGACGAAGAGGCGCCACUGGUCGCCGCCGCCGAUGACUCGCCGGCUCUUCAAUCACCGAAGAGCCACCACACGAAGGACGUUCAUAUCUUGAGCUUGGCUUUUCUCUUAAUCUUCCUUGCCUAUGGAGCAGCACAGAAUUUACAGAGCACUCUCAACACCGAGGAGGAUUUGGGUACAACUUCACUUGGGAUAUUGUAUCUGUCUUUCACGUUUUUCUCAGUGGUUGCUUCUUUGGUGGUGCGGAAACUCGGUUCCAAAAACUCUUUGAUUAUUGGGACUACUGGUUAUAUAUUGUAUGUGGCUGCAAAUUUGAAGCCCAAUUGGUAUACACUGGUUCCGGCCUCUUUGUAUCUUGGGUUUUGUGCUUCUAUAAUAUGGGUUGGAGAGGGAACAUAUCUCACUUCCACCGCACGCAGUCAUGCUACUGAUAACAAAUUGCAUGAAGGUGCAGUAAUUGGUGACUUUAAUGGGGAAUUCUGGGCUGUGUUUGCCCUCCACCAGUUUAUUGGGAAUCUUAUUACAUUUGCUCUACUGAGUGAUGGGAAGGAGGGAAGUACCAAUGGUGCAACUUUGUUGUUUGUUGUAUUCCUUUGUGUUAUGGCCUUUGGCGCAAUACUAAUGUGUUUCUUGCGUAAACUGAGUGAGAAUAGCAAGAGAGAAUAUGACCAUUCAGGUGCUGGUGCUAGUGAACAUUCGUCCCUCAAGUCUCUAUGUAGGUCACUUACCAGUGCAUUAUCUGAUGUGAAGAUGUUGUUGAUCAUACCCCUUAUGGCAUAUUCAGGCCUACAACAAGCAUUUGUAUGGGCUGAGUUUACCAAAUAUGUUGUAACUCCUGUAAUUGGUGUUUCUGGUGUGGGUAGUUCAAUGGCAGCAUACGGGGCUUUUGAUGGAAUUUGUUCUCUUGCUGCUGGUCGUCUCACCUCUGGUCUCACGUCUAUUACAGCAAUAGUUUCUUUUGGAGCUUUUAUUCAGGCAGUUGUAUUCAUCUUGCUUUUGCUAGAUUUCAGCAUAAGUAGCGGAUUCCUUAGCACUCUAUAUAUACUCUUCUUGGCUGCUUUAUUGGGCAUUGGUGAUGGAGUUCUUAUGACGCAGCUCAAUGCUUUGCUUGGAAUGCUAUUUAAGCAUGACACGGAAGGGGCUUUUGCACAGCUAAAGAUAUGGCAGAGUGCUACAAUUGCUAUCAUGUUCUUUUUGUCCCCCCACAUAUCGUUUGAGGUAAUGGUGGUGAUUAUUCUGGCUUUCCUUUGCUUCUCAUUCUGCAGCUUUCUAUGGUUAGCUCUCAAGGUGGUUAAGACAUCAUCAUCCUCCACCAGCGAGUGAAUUUAAAUUUAGUGUUGCCACAGCUGCAAGCAUGUUAUAUUUUCAAUCUAAGUCUAAGUCUCUCUUUUAUAGUUUCAUUUUCCUUCAGUUUAAGGAGAUGUGUAAAUAGUGACUUAUUAUAAUUUAUAAGCUCACGUGGCUAUAUUUUGUUAUGAAAAA